AUGUUGAUUUUUCAUCGACAAUAUGUGACAUUCUUAUGGAUUCUAUUCUAUCAAAUAAAUAUCAAUCAAACGUCUCACAUUCGUCAUCUUUCUCUAUCAAAUAAUAUUAAUCAUUUAACUUAUUAUUCUUCUUUAAAAUGGCUUUAUGUUGCUACAAUUGAUUCGAUAUCAAUUUAUGAUGAUAAUUUAACACUUUUACAAAAUAUAUCUAUACAAAAUUCUUAUUUAAAUGAUUAUGAUAUAUGUAAAAUAAAUCCUUGUCAAUGUUUAACUAAUUUAACAAAUAAUAAUAAUAAUAAUGAAAGUGAUGAUAUAACAACAGAAAGAUAUCGUCGUUCAAAAUUAAGUCAAUCAUUAAAUUUACAAAAUUCUAUUGAUCAAAAUAAUUAUAAUUUAAUACUUUAUCUUGAAACAAAAAAUAAAAUCGAAAAUAAACCAUAUUUAAUUGAUUGUUGGUCAUUACAAACAGGUUCAUGUAUUAUUCGUAAUGCAUUAAAUUUAUCAAAAAUUUAUUAUCAACAAAUAUCAACUAAUGAAAAAAUUCAUACACAAAAAUUUUUAUUUAAUACUGAUUCAACAAUACCAAAUCAUAUAUUUCCAUUUCAUUUUAAAUUUAAUAAAUGUAAUAAUACACCAACUUAUUUAUUUUUAACAUCAACAUUGAGAAAAAAUUUUAUCGUAUCCAAUCAAAAAGAAAAAUCUGAUGAUCUAACCGAUCGUUUUUAUGUUCAAUGUCUUGAACAAGCACAACGACGUACAAUUGCCUUACGAGCUUUUGUCUAUGAUGAUGGCAAAAAAAAAUUACAGAACUAUGUAAACAAAUCUAUGAUUACAACGAUUAAACAACGUAACAUUACUGUUGUUAAAGAUUCGAUUAUGAAACAACAAAAUGUUCAUAUUGAGAAUUCUACAAAUAAAACAAGGUCAUCUUUAAAUAACAAUAAAUCGAAUUUAACAUCAAUUAUAGAAAUUUCUCGAAUAUCAUCUACUAAUCCUAUGGUUUCUGAUGAUCAUAUAACGAAUAAAACUAAGACAUCAUCUUUAUUUAAUUUUAUUCAUGAACAAAGUCCAUUUUUAAAUAUUAAUGAUUAUUGUUCAGAACAAUUAUCUGUUGUACGUUCAAUAUAUACAGAUUUUUUUGAACAUGAAUCAUCAGAUAAAUUUCGACUAUUUCAAGAUAUUAUAUAUGAUGAAAAUAAUUCAUCUAUAUAUUUAUUUACUAAUCAACAAUAUGUUAGUAAAAUUAUACGUUUAUGUGAAGGACAAAUAUCAUUUCGACAUUAUGUUGAAUUACAAAUAAAUUGUGGAAAUGAAUAUACACUUAUACAAAAAGUUAAAUUAAUUAAAUUGAAAAAUAAUAAACAAUAUAUAUUAACAAUAGCAUCAAAAUCUAAAACAUUAAAUAGUCUUGAACCAUCACAAAAUAGUCAUUCAGCAAUAUGUUUAUAUGAACUUGAUCAAAUAAGAAAUGCAUUUAUUGAUAAUAUACUUGAUUUAUCAAAAGGAAAUGUUUCACUUGGUAUGGCUUGGUUACAUGGUGAAUCAGUUAUUCCACAAUAUCCAGCACCAUAUGGAAAUUUAGCUCGAUGUUCAACAAUACGUGAUGCAAGCUAUUUAAUGAUUUAUGAAGGAUCAUCGAAUAUUAUUUCACAACCGAUAAUUAGUUUUUCAUCUGAUCAAUUAACAUCAUUAGAAGCAACUCUAGUUAAUGAUUAUAUUGUUAUUUUAGCUGGUACAGCAGAUGGUAAAAUUAAAAAGAUUAGUGUUCAACCAACAACAAAGAAAGCUUUUCAAUUUGAAGAAUUAUUUGUUCAUUUUGGUGAAUCUAUUCUUCGUGAUAUGAUAUUAGAUAAAAAUAGUCGUUUUCUUUAUGGAGCAACUAAAACUCGGCUCUUUCAAGUGGAUCUUCAUGAUUGUGAUCGUUAUAAAACAUGUUUUUCAUGUCUUUCAUCACAAAAUCCAUAUUGUGGUUGGGGUACAACACUCAAUCGUUGUACUUUACAUUUACAUGUUGAUAAUGUACCUGAUGAUUCUACUUCAAAAUAUUUUUGUUCAUUUGGUUUUACUUCACUUUUAACUGACACAGAUGAUAGUAAUAAUAAUAAUAAUAAUGAUAAACCUAUUUAUAUAUCAAAUGCAAUUAAAUAUGAAAAUUAUAUUAUAUGUUAUUCACCACCAUCUGAAACAUUGAUAAAUAUUAAUCAUGAUUCAAUUAUUAUACGUCUAUUUUAUAAUAAUAUUAUUCUUACAGAAAAAAAUGCUACAUUCUAUGAUUGUUCAUCAUAUUUAACAUGUACAUCAUGUAUGAAUAAUUCAUUUGAUUGUACAUGGCAAUUAUUAACAGCAACAUGUUUUGAUAGUGAUUUAAUUACUGAGAAAAAUACAAUCAUAAUAAAUAAUUCUUUAAUUCAUCAAUGUCCACGUUAUAAUGUAUCGACAAAAGAAAUAUUUAUUUCUGAUGGUGAUUCAUUUAUUCUUGGUGAAAAAAAUCGAGUUAUUAUUCAAAUAAUUGAAUUAAAAUAUAAUAUUCAAAAAUAUUUUCGUUGUAUAUUAACAUUUAUAAAUUCAAGUAUAAUUACAAGUAUUGGAAAAAUUAAUAAUGAUUCUCUUAUUUGUGAUUUAUUUCAAAUUUCUUAUGAAAAUGAUGUUGGUCAACAAAAUUUAUCAUUUGAAAUUGAAUGGAAAGAAUGUGAAAAUGAAUGUACAUAUAAAAAAUUAGAAGCUCUAACAAAUUUUACAGUCAACAUAUAUAAAUGUAAAUAUCUAGCUGAUUCUUGUGGUUCAUGUAUAUUACUUCAUGAUAAUUAUCAUUGUAUAUGGUGUGAAACAGAUAAAUCAUGUCAUCAUGAAAUAAAUUCAACAAUAUGUAAACCAAAUCAUAUAAUAAGUUCAUCAAUGGGUGUAUGUCUUGAUCCACGUCUUAGACAAAUCUAUCCUAUCAUAGGUCCACAAUAUGGUCGUACACCAAUACAAAUCUAUGGUUCAAGUUUAGGUAAACAACCGCAUGAUAUAUCGGUUGUUCUUAUAAAUUCUAAUCGAACGGAAUAUCAAUGUCAUAUUCAAAUUGAAUCCUAUAUUGUUGCUCAAUCAUUUAUAUGUCAAUUACCAUCUUUACCAAUUGGAGUGUAUACAAUUAAAGUUACUGUUCAUUCAGUUGUUAGUAAAGAUCGACCUAUUUUUCAUAUUGUGAAACCAAUUAUUAAUGAUAUUUAUCCAAAUUUAGGACCUCGAUCUGGUGGUACUUUACUUUCAAUAAAAGGAAAACAUUUAACAAUAGGAAGUAAAAUAAAUAUAUUUGUUGGUCAUCAACCAUGUUUGAUUAUUGAAAAUGAAGAAAUGUCUACUAGUAGUACCAUAUCAGAUGAUGAAAAUAAUUCAUUAAUGAUUCCAUGGAUAUCUCAAUUAGAAUUACCGAAUGAAAAUGAAGAAGAAAUUAUUCAAUGUCGAACAUCUAAAUUAACAAUUAUAAAUGAACAUAAUAAUAAUCGACAGCAAAGAUUUGUUAAACGACAAGCAUUAUGGAUUGGUACAAUAACAAUUUUAAUUGAUAAUUUUACUGAAACUUAUUCAAAUAUUACUUAUUCAUAUACAGAAGAUCCACGUGUUCAUAAUUUAAGUCGAUAUUUGGGUAUUCAAAGUGGUGGUUUACCAUUUCUUGUUUAUGGUACUAAUUUUAAUUCAAUUCAAACACCACAAUUCUUUAUUGAAUAUAAUAAUAGUCAAGUACUUGUUGAGAAUUGUUCAGUUAAAACUCCAGAAAGUAUGCUUUGCUAUGGUCCAUCAUUAAAAUGGAUAGAAAAUGAAAUAAUGCUUAAAAGUACAACAUCAUCUUUUAUUACGACAACUAUUACUUCAACAACAAUAAUAAUAUCAUCAUCACCAAUAACUCAUAUUUUACAUGCUCGAUCACAUGAUAAAAAUCAUUGUUUUGAAUUUAAAUUUGGUUUUUUUAUGGAUGAUGUUGAAUAUGUUCGUAAUACAUCAACAUAUUAUGAAACAUUUUUACUUUGUCCUGAUCCAAUUAUAUAUCCAUUUAAUAAUGAUGGAAAACGUAUACAAUAUCGUUAUGAUUAUUUAACAAUAGAAGGUUUAAAUUUACUUGAUGUUGCAACAAUAAAUGAUUAUAUUAUAACUAUUGGUUCAUAUCCAUGUAAUAUAACAUCAAUAUCAGAUCAACAAAUUGUUUGUCAACCAACAAAUCGUACUAUUGAAAAAUUAAUUAGAAAAAAACGAAUUUUACUUGAUAUUAAUACAAAAUAUAAUGAACAAGCUAUUGUUCGUGUUACACUUGGUCGUCGAGUUUAUAUACUAGGUACAUUAAUAUAUACAUCAAAUAUUGAAAAACGAUCAUUAGUAUUAUAUUAUAUAAUUGCAAGUAUUUGUGGAUUUCUUUUAACAAUGUUUAUUAUAAUUGUAUCAAUUAUUUUUCGUCGUAUAAAUACAAAACGUACUCGACAACUUAAUCGUUUACAAAAUCAAAUUGAUACACUUGAAAUGCGUGUUGCUCGGGAAUGCAAAGAAGCAUUUGCUGAACUUCAAACAGAUAUAGGAGAAAUUACAAAUGAUUUAUCACAUUCCGGUGUACCAUAUCAUGAUUAUCGUAUAUAUUGUAUGAAAAUUUUAUUUCCAAAUGCUACUGAUGAAGAAAAAUAUAUGAUGCUUCAUAAUAUUGAAAUACCGUUAGAAGCUAAUAGACGAAAUAAUGUUCGACAAGGUCUUCAACAUUUAUCUCAAUUAUUAUAUAAUCAUCAUUUUCUUCUUCUUAUGAUUCGUACAUUAGAAGCAGAUAAAAUUAAUUUUCGUUUACAAGAUCGUAUGCAAUUUGCAUCUCUCAUCAGUAUUCUUCUUCAAGAUAAUAUUGAAUAUUUGACUGAAAUAUUAAAAAUAUUAUUAAAAGAAUUAAUUGAAAAAUCAUUACAACAAGAUCGAAAUAAUAGUAAAAUAUUAUUAAGAAGUAAUGCAUCUGUAGCUGAAAAGAUACUUUCAAAUUGGUUUGCUUUUCUUCUAUUUGGUUAUAUUAAAGAACGUAUUGGUUCUCCUUUGUAUAUAUUAUUUCAAUCAAUUAAACAACAGAUUCAUAAAGGUCCUAUUGAUUAUUUUACAAAUGAAUCAAGAUAUUCAUUAAGUGAAGAUAAACUUCUUCGACAACAUAUAGAUUAUCAAUCAAUGAUUGUUUAUGUGAUUCAAGUAGAAGAUGAUAAAUCUCAUCUUAUUUCAACACCGGUGCCAAUAAAAGUUCUUAGUUGUGAUUCAAUAACCCAGGUGAAAGAAAAAAUAGUCGAUCAUUUUUAUAAAAAUAUUCCUUUUUCCAAACGUCCAUCAAUUGAAGAUUUUGAUUUGGAAUGGAGAAUUGGUUCACAUAUGAAAUUACUUCGUGAUGAUGAAAAAGUUGAUAAUCCUGAUACAAAUGGUUUUGUACAAGUACAAACAUUAGCAACUUAUAAAGUUCAUGAUGGUGCUCGAUUAUUUCUUAAUUUAAAACCUGGUAUGAAUCGUACAAAUACAUCAUCAUUUUCAUCAUUAAUAAGUUCUCAAACAAAUUCUGGUGGAUUAACAAGCUGUUAUACAACUAAGAAUAUAUGUUAUACACAAAAAACUGAUGAUGAUCAUAAAUGGCAAUUACUUCAAGGACAUGAAAAUCAAAUAUUAUUGAAUUCAACAAUAGAUUUAAUAAAUUUACGAAAAGAUCAUCGAUUAACAAAUACAAAUCAAUUAGAACAAUCAUUUUCUAAUUCUCGAUCAGAACAAAAUACACGUUUUUAUCAUUUAGUUAAAUCAACUGAUCGUGAAGAUGAUGAUCGAACAUUAAUGACAAAUAAACUUGUUUCAGAAGUUUAUCUGACACGUUUAUUAGCAACAAAAGGUUCAUUACAACAAUAUAUUGAUAAUUUUUUUGAUACAAUUUUUUGUCUUGUUGAUUUACCAUUACCAAUUAAAUAUUUAUUUGAUUUUCUUGAUGAACAAGCUGAAUAUUAUCAAAUAUUUGAUUCAAAUAUUAUUCAUACUUGGAAGAGUAACAGUUUACCAUUAAGAUUUUUUGUUAAUAUUAUUAAAAAUCCUGAUUUUAUAUUUGAUGUUGAAAAAACAAGUGUUAUUGAUGCAUCUUUAUCAGUUAUUGCUCAAAUGUUUAUGGAUAGUUGUGCUGCUGGUAUUCAUCAAUUAACAAAAGAUUCACCAUCAUCAAAACUUUUAUUUUAUCGUGAUGUACAAAAAUAUAAAAAACUUGUUGAAAAAUAUUACGAUGCUGUUUCUUCUCUUCCUACUGUAUCUAUUCAUGAUCUUGAUCAACAUGUGAUAUUGAUUAAAGAACAAGAAAAUCAAAACUCAUCAAAUAGACGAACGAAUGACUUUAAUAGAACAUAUGCUUUAUUUAAAUUAUAUAAUGAAUUUAUUAAUCGAUAUAAGACAAGUUUACGAAUAGCAAUAACAAAUGAUUUUCAUGAUAAUCAGUAUCGAUUAGCAGCAUUAUUUGAACAGAUUGUUACUUUUAUGGACAGUUUUGAACUUGAUAUUUAA